UCAGCUGAUUGGUCGGCGGGGACCUGGUCUCAUUGACAACAAGCCCAGGCCGUGGUUCCUCACAGGUGGAUGGGCGGAGUAAAUGAAGGCUAGUUCAAGAUGGCGCCGCCUGGGGCUGCGAGUGUUGGGAGGCUGAGCUGAGGCAGCGCAGUCUGGUUGGGAAAGGGUUAAUGCGCUGGGUGUCGCCCUCCGCCGCUCCCUCUGACGGGCUGACUCGCGGUGGUGGAGCCGGGUGCGCCUCGCCGGCAAUGGAGAGCGGCGAGGUGAGCAGCAUGGAGACCAUGGAGACCUUGACGGAGCUCGGCGACGAGCUCACGUUGGGCGACAUCGAUGAGAUGCUACAGUUUGUCAGCAACCAGGUCGGAGAGUUUCCAGAUCUGUUUUCUGAACAGUUGUGUGGAUCCUUCCAGAGCAACAGUGUAUGUAAUGGUGGAACGUCAGAUCCUUCAUCACAAAGGCCCUACAGCCAGGGUCAGCUACAGUCCUUCUCACCUAAUGCAGCUUCUCCCCAGCUUCAGACUGUGCAAGUGAAGGUGUCUCAGACAACUGCUGCAGCACCUCCUCCUCAGCGAACUGCACCUGCUCUUCAGCCUCGUCCUCAGGUUCAGCCUCAGCUCCAUCAACAGACUGUGAUGAUUGCUCCAACUUUCAGCUCUGCUCCACAGACCCGGAUCAUUCAGCAGCCUCUAAUAUAUCAAAACGCAGCCACAAGUUUUCAAGUGCUGCAGCCCCAGGUUCAGAGUCUGGUAACUUCCUCCCAAGUUCAGCCAGUCACCUUCCAGCAGCAGGUGCAGACCAUGCAAGCUCAGAGGGUAUUGACACAGACUGCCAAUGGCACCAUCCAGACAUUGACCCCGGCCACAGUCCAGGCAGUAGCUGCCCCUCAGGUCCAGCAGGUUCCAGUCCUUGUCCAGCCACAGAUAAUCAAGACAGAUUCUCUUGUCUUAACAACACUGAAAGCUGAUGGCAGUCCUGUUAUGACUACUGUUCAAAAUCCAGCCCUCACAGCACUGACGACGCCUAUUCAGACAACAGCCCUGCAGACUUUAGUUGGUGGUAAUGGUACCAUCUUGACCACAAUGCCUAUGAUGAUGGGAGGGCAGGAGAAGAUGCCCAUCAAACAGGUACCUGGUGGUGCCAAGCAAGCAGAACCACCGAAGGAAGGAGAGAGGCGAACAACUCAUAAUAUCAUUGAGAAGCGAUAUCGAUCAUCUAUAAAUGACAAAAUCAUAGAACUGAAGGAUCUGGUCAUGGGAACAGAUGCCAAGAUGCACAAGUCUGGCGUACUGAGAAAGGCCAUUGACUAUAUUAAAUACCUGCAGCAAGUUAAUCAGAAGCUGCGACAAGAGAACAUGGUCCUGAAGCUGGCUAACCAGAAAAACAAGCUGUUGAAGGGGUUUGACCUAAGCAGUCUGGUGGACAAUGACGUGGAUCUGAAGAUAGAUGACUUCAACCAAAAUCCUCUGUUGAUGUCUCCUCCAGCCUCUGAUUCAGGGUCACAAGCAGGCUUUUCUCCUUACUCAAUUGAUUCAGAACCAGGAAGCCCAUUGCUGGAUGAUGCAAAGGUUAAAGAUGAACCUGACUCUCCCCCUGCUGCUCUUGGAAUGGUUGAUCGCUCGCGGAUGCUGCUUUGUGCUCUUACGUUCCUCUGUCUCUCCUUCAAUCCUCUAACAUCUCUCCUCGAGGGUCAAAGGACAUCUGACUCUGAUAGCUCUGUACAACAUGGCCUUGGGAGGAAUAUGCUGACAAUAGAUUCAGGCUCUGGUGGCUGGUUUGGCUGGAUGAUGCCCACUCUGAUCCUAUGGCUUGUGAAUGGUGUUAUUGUCCUGAGUGUGUUUAUAAAACUUCUAGUGCAUGGAGAGCCAGUGACCCGAUUGCACUCCCGCUCUUCUGUUACCUUCUGGCGGCAUCGGAAACAGGCAGACCUGGACUUGGCUAAGGAAGAUUUUGCUGCUGCUGCAUCAAACUUGCAGACCUGUCUGUCUGCCCUGGGCCGAGCCCUGCCUGCCUCUCGUUUGGAUUUGGCCUGCAGCCUGUCCUGGAAUGUUAUCCGCUACAGUCUCCAAAAGUUGGGACUAGUGCGUUGGUUGCUGAAGAGGACGUCACGGCAGAGACGAGCGACAGAAGCCCCUGCUGGCUUUGAAGAAGAAGCCAAAACUAGUGCACGUGAUGCAGCUCUAGCAUAUCAUAAGCUCCAUCAGCUCCAUAUCACAGGUAAGUUACCAUCCAGCUCUGCCUACUCAGGAUUACACAUGGCUCUGUGUGCUGUGAAUCUAGCUGAAUGUGCAGAGGAAAAGAUUUCACCAAGCACGCUGGCAGAGAUUCAUCUGACUGCUGCGGUUGGCCUGAAGACUCGCUGUGGUGGCAAGCUGGGCUUCCUGGCAAGUUAUUUCUUAAGUCAAGCCCAGAGCUUGUGUAGUUCAGAGCGCAGUGCCAUCCCUGACUCCUUACGCUGGCUGUGUCACCCAUUGGGACAAAAGUUUUUUGUGGAGCGGAACUGGACAGUGAAAACUGCUGCCAAGGAGAGUCUGUAUUGCACUCAGAGGAACCCAGCUGAUCCCAUUGCACAGGUGCACCAGGCAUUCUGUGAGAACCUGCUUGAGAGAGCUGUUGAAUCCCUUGUGAAACCUCAGGUCCCAAAGGGGGCUGCAAGCCACGAUGAUGAAGAGCCCUGUGAAUUAUCUAAUGCUUUGGAAUACUUGAAGUUACUUAAUUCUUUUGUGGACUCUUUGGGAAUUGGAACACCACCUUUCACUGGAAAUUCUGUGUUGAGAUCUGCCCUGGGACCUGAUGUGGCGUGCAGGUGGUGGACAUCUGCAAUCACAGUGACAAUCAGCUGGCUCAGGGGUGACGAUGCAGCUGUGAGAACCCAGUAUACCAGUGUGGAGCGAAUUCCUAAAUGCUUUGAGAUGAUGGAGAAUGCCCUUGUGAAGGCUGUUGUCCAUGUGUGCAAAGCCAUGAAUGCCUCAUUGUCAAGCAAAGCAGAUGGGCAGCAGAGCUCCUUUGGCCAUUGUGAAAGAGCCAGCACUCAUCUUUGGAACAGCCUCAACAUGAGUAGCGGACUCUCAAGCACAGGUCUCAAUAACAUGAUACAGCUGCUAGCCUGUGACCUACUGUUGUCUCUACGCACCACUCUGUGGCAGAAACAGAUGAACUCCAGCCAAGCUUUGGGAGAGACAUACCAUGCUUCCGCUUCUGAGCUGACUGGAUUCCAGCGUGACCUUGGCAGCCUGCGAAAACUGGCCCAUAGUUUCAGGCCUGCUUAUCGAAAGGUGUUCCUGCAUGAGGCCACUGUGCGCUUGAUGGCAGGAGCCAGCCCCACACGCACUCAUCAGCUGCUGGAGCACAGUCUGAGGCGUCGAACACCCCAGAGUACCAAGCAAGGUGAACUGGAUGCUCUUCCUGGCCAGAGAGAGAGAGCUACAGCAAUUCUCUUAGCCUGUCGACACCUCCCCCUCUCCUUUCUAUCAUCCCCAGGCCAGCGAGCUGUCCUGCUGGCAGAAGCAGCCCGCACGCUGGAGAAAGUUGGGGACAAGCGUUCCUGCAAUGAUUGUCAGCAGAUGAUUGUGAAGCUGAGUGGGGGCACAGCAAUUGCCGCUUCCUAACCCUGGAGGAUUGAAGCCUUAUCACCCAUUGAACUGGAUUCUUUCCCCCUUCAUGUCCCCCUCCUCCCUUCUUGAACACUGUCCCAGGUUAGGACCAUUAUGCUAGCCAGGGUAGGAUCAUCUUGUAAACCAGCUUUUGUGGCUGGUGAUUUGCCUUGAGGUAAAAAGGAUGCCCACACUAGAGCUAGAGAGUGGUUUUGUUUCCCCCCCCCCACUGACAAGAGUCUGCAAUAUCUUGGACAAGCCCCUUUGAGGAGGAGGGGUUGGGUUCAGGAAGAUUGGUUUUUCCCCUCUUUACAAAACAAUCUAUAACAAGAAUAUCUUUUGAGGAGGAGGUUUGCUAGAGAGUGAGAAGACCUGCCCUAAAUCUUUUUACUAGCAUCUGUGAUUACUUGAUCUGUCCAUCAAGUGCCGUAUAUUUUGGGCAGUCCCAGAGAGAAUCUGGCUGUGGUUAAAGUCUGGUUCUCAGUAGAUUGCAUAGAAGCCUUUCUAUAGAUCCUGCAUUCUCUGAGAGCCUUUGAAGGUUAGGCCACCUCUCCUAAGACAGUGCAUCACAGUUUUUUAUGCAGUUUGGUUUUUUUAUAGUGAUUUAUGGAUUUACAAGCUCUAGAGGCAACACUUAGGACUCUCUUCCCUCUCCUGUCUUCCAUCUCUCACUUGUGUCUCUCCCUCCUGGCAGCCUGCAGAGCCACAUUAUCAUUAACCUAGGAGUUUUCUUUCCAUGUCCUGGCUGAUGGAUAACAGAAAAGAGGGGCAAGGAUGAACUAAGGGCUGAACAAGAUGCGGAUUUAAGCUUGUGAUUCAAAAAUGUGUUUAGACAGGCCACAUCUCUUUGCUUAUUAAAAAAACAACCUGCUGGAGCCCCAGUCUGGAUGAGCAUCACAGGGAGGGGCUUAAGUGUUACUUCUAGGAGUGUGUUGCUACUGAAAAGCUGCUUUGCCUUCAAAGCUGCUAUUUUCUGUGUUUUGUUAAAAAAAUGGGACAAACCACAGGUUGGGGAAAAGUUUCAGCGGGAAAAAAUAGCACUGGGAGGAAGGGUUAAAAACUCCCCUCCCCUCCUAUCAGGGCCCCUGCUGCUGCUUUUUGUACAUAAAGAGACAGUCUAAGCACAUUUUUUAAAAUUACAUGCUUAAAGUCAACAUUGAGUUUUACCUUAAAAACAUGUUUGGUUUUUUUGGUAGCUGCAUCCAUAGAAGUACAUUUAGGAUAGCAGUUAUCAGAGAGAGUCUUAUGACACUAGCAAUAGCUAUCUUCUGUCUUUCCCAGGAUUCUUUGGAGAAGCUCUGAUGGUCAAACAGGUUUUUCACAUGGUUUACAUAUGUAGUAUUGUAGAUGUAGCUGUAGGCCUUGGAGAAAGAGGAGUCACUGUAACUGGGCCUUCUUGUUGGAAGAAUAGGUUUUAAGAAAAGAGGUUUUAUAUUACAUAAUUCAGAGUCUCACAAAUCACAUUUGUCUUCUCUUUUGCCUUUGCACUAUCUCUGUUCUAGCUAUGUCUCACAUUUCAUAUCCAAAUAUAUAGCAAUUCCUAUCCGACACACAUGUACAUCCCAAAUAAAUAAAUUUGGGAACACUUACUUCUCUGGGAAAGCCCACACAACUGUGCAUUGCAUUGGCGCUUGAAACUAUUCUGCCUGCCAUUGGUUAACCCUUUAUUAUACAGCUGAACAUGAUUGCAGAACUAGGACUCUCCAUUUAAAAACAACUAUAAUUUCUACUCUAAACCUCUCGUUGACAACUUUCAGUUCAAACGAAGGUAUGUGUGUCCCAAGGUGCAUGCAGUCCUGGGUGAGGGGAUUUUCAAACACUGCAACAAUUACCUAUUUAUAGGAAUGUGGUCCAAAACUGCACAGAUAACAGAUGCAUAUCAUAUAAUCACAUUUUUAAAACCAUCCACAGAGUGAUCCCACAAUAAAGCUUUGGUUAACUUCCAUUUUGAAGACCUUUUCACAAUCUUAGUGAAUAUCUUGGAACUAAUAAAAAGUGUAAUUUCAUAAAAAUUCCAAAUUUUCCAUUGGAACAUGUGAAUGGAUGUGCGCAAAGGUUCCAUUUGAGUAUCCUGCCUCGUUUUGACUCCAGAAGCACACAGUGAAAAUGAAAGUACUGUGGGAUACUUGGAAGUUGCUUUGUUAAGGACCAGUUCAUAGGGGUGAGGUAGGGAAUCUCUAUAUUUCAUAUCACGUGAUCAUAUGGAUCCUCUUGGUUGUUUCUCCUGUAACCCUAGAUAGCUACCAUAGUAUAAAGUCAUGCAUUGCUGAUCCAUAGGCGGUCAUUUGAAUGGGCAGGCUGAAAUCUGAGUACCAUUUUGUUUUUUUAAGGGUGCUUCCUAAUGGCAGCUUUUCCAGUGAUGGUAGCAGCAAAACAGAAAGGGUAACCAACUACCUCAGUGGAACGGUAUCUGCUAGCAGGAUGGUGGAGUGUUUGAUGCUACCAUUGCUGGUUUAGUUCCACAAUUGUUCUGCCACCCAUGCAAAUUGUUCUGGUCUGUUUGGAGUGGCAGCAGUCAGCUUUGAAUUAACACAAGGGCCUGUGUGAAUUGUGAAUGCAAACUGAUUAAGCAUGCCUGACACAAACCUUUCCACCUGGAAGCUGUCAUUCUGUGUGAUUAACUUUUGAAGUUUAGUUAGUGUAGAUCAGAAUGCAUCUCUUACUGACACUGUGGAACACUGGGAAUCUCACAGUUCUAUGGAUUUGAAGCCAUGAAAGCCGUUCAUACUGUCAGGCAGGAGGAAAUACUACAGCCAAGAAUGGGCAUUGCAGUCAAGGGUAAAAGCCUCAUAUUGUACAGCAGUAAGAGGCAUUGAGGGUGGGACUGCUAGCUUGUGGAAUGAUGUUUGUGUAGAUGGGACCACCACAAGAGAACCACCCUGACUUUCCAUGUACUUUGAGCAUUUUUUUAAGUACACUUCAUUUAUUUAUGGGUUUGUUUAUCACCCAGGCUAUCCCUAUAUUAUUUUUGUGUAUAUAGUGUAACUUUGUUUUUUUAUAUAUGAUGUGAAAAGUGUAUUUAUCCCAAUAAAAUUAGGCAUAGGGAUGCUUUGCUGUAAGAUGUGGCAAUUAUGUGACAGGGUGAGCAUUUCUGGUAUUUGUCCCAAUUGUGACCCUCUCUUGGGGUUCAUUGUGCGACUUAUCUAAUAAAAACAAAUUGUACACAAUGUCUGGUAUUUUAA